GCAAAGGGUUGCUUGGGCCCCCAAGAUGCUUGCUCCCCUCAGUGUUUUCUGACAUGCUUUUUAGUUUCCCAACAUGAACCAAACAGCUUUAGCUUCUCUCAUCUCACAAUGUGUUCUGCAACUUCUGGAAAGGAACCUGGACACAAGGAAAAAUGCUACAGAACAAAAAGAGCCACAAUACAAACCAUAUGACAACGCCUAUUUCUUCAUCCUCUUUGUCAUGUUGUUUUACUCUUUCCUGGCGUUAACUGUCUUUUUUGGUUAUGUACGCUCGAAGAAAGCUAUUUCAAAGAAAGAUCCUUACCAGGAGUUCAUUGAGGAUAGGAACCGAAGUAAGAAGUGGAACUUGACCCGGCCAGUGGUGGUGAAAUUUGACUUUGAAGAAGAAAGUAUUCUUUGAACUCCUUAAACUAAAAUACCCUGCAAAAUCUACUGGACUGUCUCUCCUGCCUGCACCUCAAGGAGGAUCUGCACAUUCAUCUCAUUUGGCCAUGUCUCUCACAAUAAGUCAAAGCAUUGCUUGAAAUAGGGUGCUGCAGCUGAUUCUCCACCUGAUCUUAGUUUGAGAGAAAGGAGAGGGAGCGAUGUGUAACAGGGAAUCCUUUGCUGUGCAAGAAGGCUUAAUAAAUUGGUAGAGCUCCUACUGAUGCGAGAAACAAAAAGUUUCCUGGUUGCUUGCCCUCAGGAGACAGAAGGUGAAUCUGAUUCUGUUCAGGCAGCUCAGUCUGGCUUGGACAGAGAAGGUGGAGGACCUGCUGACCUUACUGGUUCUUCAUGUGCCUGCCAAAUUGUGAAGAAAAUUGAUACAAGUGGGCUCUGAAUUAGCAGUGCUGUGGAACAGACAUUAAUUUUGAUCUGAAAACGCCUGUGCCCCACAAAGGGUUAUUUUGAGAGCUGGUAAUGUAUGCCUCCUGCUGCUGACCGCGGGGAAUGCGUUUCACUAAGAGCUGUGAAUGUUUGCUGUGUUGUAAAGCAAACUGGCAGAGCAAAACUACCCUGGCACGUACAGUAGGUGUCCUCAGUCUUUCAGAUUGCCGGCCUGAGCAAACUACAUGCAGGAUAUGUGCGAUUUUGAAGAGCUGUGAAAGAAGGGAAACCCUCAAGAGUUGUCUGACCUUUCAGUUUCUGUCAAUAAAGGGGUGUGUUUGUGUGUGACUUUUUUUUAAAAAAAAACUCACAAAUUGUAUCUAAAAUAGAAUGAGGAAAGAGGCUAUUCCUAUGAUAACAUCUGUUUUAGGAAUGUGUGUUCAUUGUGGUUGAGCUCAUAGCAGAGAUCUCAACAGUGUCUUCCCAUAUCUAAAAAUUUUAAGCGCUGUAUUGGUAAUUCUGCAUCUCGAGGACAAUGUAAUCAUGUUAGCCUGAACUUACCUUUUGUGCCCAAAAUCUCAGGCUGGUUGUGGGUAGCAUGAUCAUGAAGAAAACUCUUUAGACACAGUGGUCAUCUUCCUUGGGAGAAGGAGACCCAGGAGGUGAAAGCAUCAAACCAUGCGUGCACUGAGGGCAUUUAUGCCAAAGGAUUGGACUAAAUCUAAUUGGAAGUAAACCUAAACCUGAACUGCUUGUAGCAGAGAGAUCAGGAGUCUCGGCACCAGCUGCUUUAGUCUACUGUUCUCCUGUUGUGCCAAAGUACUUGUUGAUGUAGACCUAGUCUAAUGUUACUAAGUCUGAACCAAAGCUGGGGAAGCUUGAGCAAGAUUGUGGAUGAGAAACUGCUUUCUUAAGUGCUGCAUGAAUGUUUUGCAAAGGACAGUGAGGAAAGCAUCUAAAAAGCUGGUUGUUUAUUCCACCUUUCUCCUCCAUGAAGUCAGUUUUCCAGUAAACAGGCUGCUGAGAGAAUCACCUCUAUUAUUUAUAGGCGGUGGGUUUUUCAAUAUGUGCUUUCACCAGCAACUAGAGAUAUGUGAACUGACUGUGUACUGGAGUGGCUGUUUCUCCUCUGUGAACUUCAAAGAUAAUAUGCCAUUUUAAAACCAGGUUAACUAAGUAGGUCAGUAUUAGAGGAUGAGAACAUGUGGUCUUUAAGACAGCUAAGGAAAUUUUCUUUUUGAAAGUCUGCAUGUUAGAGCAUUGAAGAGUUUGGCAGUGCUGGUUUAGCACAGGUCCUUUUAAAAGACUGCAUGCUUUAGGACUAAGGGGAUUAGAGUUGAGCACACUUUAAUGAACACCUGUGAAGAGAGUGAACCUGUUUGAAGCACAGCAUGUCUAUUCUUUUAAAUGGCUCUCCACAUUUCUCUCCAUGGAUUACUUUAAAAGGAAUACUGUGCAUUUUAACUAACUAAUCCAGAUAAAAGAAUAAACUUUCAAUGCACAGAGAGACAAAACACGAGAGAGAGCAGAAGAGAAGGGUUGUGCUCUAUGUGACUACGUCUUUUCUCUGUUACCGUUUUUUGUUCUUAGUCUGAAUAAAAGCAAGAGCCCUUUGAAUCACCUACCUGAAGCAGAAAUUCAGGGUGCAAUUUCACUGGGAUUUUUCUAUGGCAAUGGGAUUAUGCAUUUUGUGGGUGUUAGUUGUACUGUCUCUGUGCUUUUUAGCUAAUAGUUGUUCUGAUCCCUCAGGAAAUGAGAAACUUUGGGGAUGUAAUGACUGCAUUCACUAACGGAAAAGUAAUAGUAUUUUUGCUGACUGAUUAUUUUAUCACCAUUAAUGCUUCCUUAUGAUGAUAAUGAAAACCUUGAAAUAUUCAUCUGCUAAAAUGUUUUUAUGAUGAAGCCUGAGCUGGUCUUUUACAGGACUGAAUUUGUGACCUAAUGGCUCUAGAAGGCUGGUACAGACGACAACAGAGGGAAAAUAAUGGAUGACCAGAACGCAAACACGGAAGCAGGAGUGUCUGAGGCUCUUUUCGUAGCUCCGUUGUGUUCCAAAACUCUUUGGUAUAAGAAACAAAUAGGACCUCAUUUGCUUUGGCAAUGCUGCUGGAAAGAUCCUUCUUCUAUGCUAGAAAGGGCAGGAAUAAGGGUUCAUUUCCAGGAUUUCUCUUUUCAAUCAAUGUCCUGUAACAGGGCUGUUCCUCACCCUGCCAUUCAUUCUUUCUGCUCUUGCUGAUAUACCAGAGCUUCUCCUGAAGUGGAACUGCUUCACAGAUGAUUUUGAUUAAAAUCAUACAUCAUCCUGGCCUCCCCAAAUAACUUUUUGCAUGGGAGGUAUUCCUUCUCUUUGAGCAUAACAAAUGUACACAGAGAUCAAAUGAAUACACAGAUAAGAACAUGAUAUUUUGCACUUUAUAGCCCUUAUUGCUUGGGUACCCUGAUGCAUUUUGCAAACAUUAAUUUGGCUCUGCCAUCUUGAAAGGAACAUUUCUGUCCCUGCUUUAAAUACAGGGAGAGGAGGGAAAGUGAAGCAAAGCAACUGAGGCCUAAAUAAAUGAGCUGGACUGGAGUGAAAGGUUCAAGGGAGUCCGGCUACUUGAGCAGCGGAUCUGUUCUGUUUUUAUGCUGCAGUGUGAAACUGUUGGGGUGUCGCAUGCCUGGAAGCGCUGAUGUCUCCAGUAUCCUUUGUGAGAGGAAUCUGUGCCGUGAGGACCAGCUCUUUUCACGGAGCUGAGUCCAGUGGGAUUAUUUUGUACAGAGUGGUUUAAGGGCAGAUUUUCUCUUAUUGCCUGGCUUCUUUAAGCUAUGCAGAAGGCAGUAUCCCAGAUGAGACCCAGUUAAUCAGACACGCAGAAGCAAAAGAACAGUGUAAUCCAAAAGUGUGUAAAAUAAAGGGAACGAAAGUCUCAUAGUCUGCGUGGAAUCAGCUUAAAAUGGGGUGCAAAUGAGUAGGAUUUAACUGAAGUACAAAAGAUCCAACCUCAGAACAAAUUGUCAGGUAAUCUUAAAGAAAUCCUCUUGGCUGUGUGUGCCAGGAAUGAGGCUCUGAAAACCUGGAUCACUGCUCUUUCAGAGCAAACAGGUUUUUCAUCCAUUAUAGUUUCCCUUCAUCUCACCUCAGCACAUCAGAUCUGAGCUACCUGUAGUGCUUUGACUGCAAAAUGUCCCCUGGGAUAAUAAAAAUGAUCCCAAAGGUAAUUUGAGGUUUACGUUUGUGCAGCUUUGGUGCUCCUGCAAAAUAAGGAAAAAGGAGGAACUCCCCCAAAACUGUCUCUUUUGAUGGUUCUAAAAGUUGUGUAAAUGACCUCCAGCCCUCCAAGAAGGAGGGGGUGAGUGUGGAGUUUGAAAGAUAUCGCGGAAAGGUGGUCGUGGAUGUGAUCAGUCCCAUUGAAGGCCUCUUUCUUCCCGCAGGAGGAGGAACACGGUGCAGGAUGCUCAUGGGGCUUGAUGCGUCCUGCCCUGGCUCGCUGGCAGCCCGGGCGCUCGCCCUCGGUGCUGCUGGAGCUGCCUGGCCACCCCACGCGUCCUCCUCCCGCUGUCCGAACACGACGCGCAGACCUGGCGCAUCCGGAGCCGCAAAGGGAGACAAAUUUGCACGCCGGCUGCUGGUUGUGGGCAGCCAGUUCCAGCAGCAGAGCGCACAGCUGGAAGGCUGCGUUUGAGGCACGGUGCGAGAUGUUUGGGAUCAUCACACCUGGCGGGGACCUCCGGUUCUCCGAUGGUUGUUUUCAAACGUCGUUUUCCCAGGAAGUCUAAACGAGCAGCGCCUUUCUGUUGCCGGGACGAUGGAGGAGGAGCGGUGGCGGGCGCUGGGGCACGCCGUGGUGGGGGGAGCGGGCUCCCCCGGCCAGCGACUUGCCGCGCGCCGAGUUCGCCUGCGCGCUCGGUGAGGCCGUCGCUCCCGAGCGCGAGCCGAGGACUCUCCUGAAUCUACUUGAGCUCAUUUUUGCCUGAUGCAAGCAUUUGUGCUGUCUCUUCUUGAAAAUCUGCCUUACGACUUUGUGUGAAUUUCAAGUAUACCAUGCAUCCUAUGCUGGCUGAAAUACUGUUCUCAGAGACUGUGCCAACAUCCUACAGCCUUUCAUGCACAGAGCAAGGCACAGGUCUGCACCGUGGAGAGGGGAACAGGGAGAAGGAGGGCUCCUCACCCCUAUGUAUCAAUUGCCUGUGGAGAGCAUUACUGGGGAAAGCCAGUCCACCUCUUCUGCAUGAGCUGACUCAGAUUUCAGCCAUGGAUAGAGCAAAUCUUUUGGAUCUCAUCUUUCAACUUCUCUGAUUUUUCCACACCAUGAAUCUCAGCAAUGUCAGCUCCAGAAAUUACUGCAUGCAAGCUCAGAGUCCUUGUAGAGAAGGCAGGAUACUGCAGGAAGAAGCAUUUGCAAAAAAAAAAAAAAAAAUCUGUUGGAAGUAUCAGCUGCGUUCCCUGUUACAAGGAUGGAGAAAUGUAGACAAUGCUUCAGAUUCUGAGUUACCUUGCUGGAUUCCCGCUCGGUGCAGGGCGAGCUGGGGUGGAUAGCAAGCCCGCUGGAAGGAGGGUGGGAGGAAGUAAGCAUUAUGGAUGAGAAAAACACUCCGAUCCGCACCUAUCAGGUUUGCAAUGUGAUGGAGCCCAGCCAAAAUAAUUGGUUGCGAACUGAUUGGAUUCCCCGUGAGGGGGCUCAAAGGGUAUAUAUUGAAAUUAAGUUCACGCUAAGAGACUGUAAUAGCCUGCCAGGUGUCAUGGGAACUUGCAAAGAGACAUUCAACCUUUAUUACUAUGAAUCAAACAACGAUAAGGAGCGUUUUAUUCGAGAGAGCCAGUUUGCCAAGAUUGACACCAUUGCUGCUGAUGAAAGCUUCACCCAGGUGGACAUUGGUGACAGGAUCAUGAAGCUGAACACAGAGAUACGGGAUGUGGGGCCUCUCAGCAAGAAAGGAUUUUAUUUGGCUUUUCAGGAUGUUGGUGCCUGCAUUGCUUUGGUGUCUGUUCGUGUUUUCUAUAAGAAGUGCCCGUUGACAGUUCGUAACCUGGCACAGUUUCCAGACACCAUUACUGGGGCUGAUACCUCCUCUCUGGUGGAGGUUCGUGGCUCCUGUGUCAACAACUCGGAAGAAAAGGAUGUGCCAAAAAUGUACUGUGGGGCAGAUGGUGAAUGGCUGGUGCCCAUUGGCAACUGUCUGUGCAAUGCUGGCUAUGAAGAACGUAAUGGUGAAUGCCAAGCUUGCAAAAUUGGAUACUACAAGGCUCUCUCAACAGAUGUUGCUUGUGCCAAAUGCCCGCCUCACAGCUACUCCAUCUGGGAAGGCUCUACCUCCUGCACCUGUGAUCGGGGCUUUUUCCGAGCUGAAAAUGAUGCUGCCUCCAUGCCCUGCACUCGCCCUCCCUCUGCUCCCCAGAACCUGAUUUCCAAUGUCAAUGAGACAUCAGUGAACUUGGAGUGGAGCCCGCCGCAGAACAAAGGUGGUCGGGAAGACGUCUCCUACAACGUGGUAUGCAAGAGGUGCGGGGCAGGUGACCUCAGUCGUUGUCGGUCAUGUGGCAGUGGUGUGCACUUCAGCCCCCAGCAGAAUGGCUUGAAAACCACUAAAGUCUCCAUUACUGACCUCCUGGCACACACUAACUACACCUUUGAAGUCUGGGCAGUGAAUGGAGUGUCCAGGCAAAAUCCCAGCCAGGACCAAGCUGUCUCAGUCACUGUGACAACUAACCAAGCAGCUCCAUCCCCAAUUGCUUUGAUCCAGGCUAAAGAGAUAACAAGACACAGUGUUGCUUUGGCCUGGCUGGAGCCAGACAGGCCAAAUGGAGUUAUCCUGGAAUACGAAGUCAAAUACUAUGAAAAGGACCAAAAUGAGCGCAGCUAUCGCAUUGUGAAGACAGCCUCCAGGAACACUGACAUUAAAGGCUUGAACCCCCUGACUUCAUAUGUAUUUCAUGUGCGGGCCAGGACAGCAGCAGGAUAUGGAGAUUUCAGUGGGCCAUUUGAGUUCACAACUAACACAGUUCCUUCCCCCAUCAUUGGCGAUGGUACCAAUCCCACAGUCCUUCUAGUUUCAGUGGCUGGCAGUGUUGUUCUUGUGGUCAUUCUCAUUGCAGCCUUUGUCAUCAGCAGGAGACGCAGCAAGUACAGUAAGGCUAAGCAAGAGGCAGAUGAGGAGAAACAUUUGAACCAAGGUGUUAGAACAUAUGUGGAUCCUUUUACAUAUGAGGAUCCGAACCAAGCUGUAAGGGAAUUUGCCAAGGAAAUUGAUGCCUCCUGUAUAAAGAUUGAAAAAGUUAUUGGUGUGGGGGAAUUUGGUGAAGUAUGCAGUGGACGUCUCAAAGUACCAGGAAAAAGAGAGAUCUGUGUUGCUAUCAAGACUCUAAAAGCUGGUUACACUGACAAACAAAGAAGAGACUUUCUGAGUGAGGCCAGCAUCAUGGGACAGUUUGACCACCCCAAUAUAAUCCACUUGGAAGGUGUAGUUACUAAAUGUAAACCAGUAAUGAUCAUAACGGAGUAUAUGGAGAAUGGCUCCUUGGAUGCCUUCCUCAGGAAGAAUGAUGGCAGAUUUACAGUAAUCCAGUUGGUGGGGAUGCUUCGUGGCAUUGGCUCAGGAAUGAAGUAUCUGUCUGACAUGAGUUAUGUGCAUCGGGACCUCGCUGCACGAAACAUUCUAGUCAACAGCAACUUGGUCUGCAAGGUGUCUGACUUCGGCAUGUCCCGCGUCCUGGAAGAUGACCCUGAAGCAGCUUACACUACACGGGGCGGCAAGAUCCCGAUCAGAUGGACGGCACCAGAGGCAAUCGCCUACCGUAAAUUUACGUCGGCUAGUGAUGUGUGGAGCUAUGGCAUCGUCAUGUGGGAAGUGAUGUCCUACGGAGAGAGACCUUACUGGGAUAUGUCCAAUCAAGAUGUUAUUAAAGCCAUUGAAGAAGGGUAUCGGCUGCCACCCCCGAUGGACUGCCCCAUUGCUCUCCAUCAGCUGAUGCUAGACUGCUGGCAGAAGGAACGCAGUGACAGGCCUAAAUUUGGACAGAUCGUCAACAUGUUGGACAAACUCAUCCGCAACCCCAACAGCCUGAAGAGGACGGGCGGCGAAAGCUCCAGGCCCAGCACAGCCCUGCUGGAUCCCAGCUCCCCGGAGUUCUCGGCGGUUGUUUCUGUCGGUGAUUGGCUCCAAGCCAUUAAAAUGGAGCGGUACAAGGAUAACUUCACAGCUGCUGGCUAUACCACCCUAGAGGCUGUGGUGCAUGUGAACCAGGAUGACCUGGCAAGGAUCGGGAUCACCGCCAGCGCGCACCAGAACAAGAUCCUGAGCAGCGUCCAAGCAAUGCGCACCCAAAUGCAACAGAUGCAUGGCAGAAUGGUUCCCGUCUGAGCCAGUACUGAACAAACUCAAGACUCUUGAAAUUAGUUUACCUCAUCCAUGCACUUUAAUUGAAGAACUGCACUUUUUUUACUUCGUCUCCUCCUCGCCCGUCGAAAUAAAGAUCUGCAGCAUUGCUUGAUGUACAGAUUGCGGAAAGUGAGCCUGUGUGUUGGGAGGGGGGCCUCCAGAAAUGACAAGCUGUCAUUUUAAACCAGACCUGGAACAAAUUGUUUCUUGGAACAUACUUCUCUGUUGAUCAACAAUAUGUAAAAUACAUGUAUCUAUAUAAAUAUAAAGUCACAUUCAAGUUUUGAUGCUAUGUUUGCUGCCAGAUACUGUGCUUAAAAAACAGAAACGAAUUACUUUCCUUCCCCCUAUGACCUGUAGGAUUACAACCAUAGCGUUUUAUUUGUGGGUGAAACCACAAUUGUACAUCUUUCACUGGAAUGAAGAAUCUCCCCGAGGAUAUUUUUUGCAGACUUGAUGCAUCACUAAUACCUUGCAGAAACCUCAGUGAGAAUAUCAUUUGGCUAAUCAGUGCCUGUCGCUUAGUGAUCUACCCAUUUACGGGCUUGAGACAUGAAAUGACCCACCUCGUGGAUUACUGGGCAAAACUGGACUUCUGGGAGAUCAUCGGCUGUUGUUGUGCCGUACUGAAUCCUGCCACUUAGAGACAUUUUGUGAACAUCUUGCCAGUAGUCAACUGUGAUAAUUGUGGCUGUGGAGCUUUCAGACUUCUUUUCUCUUUCAAGAAGCAAUUGCCUUUGCCACAGAGAGAAGGGAAAUUAGAAUUUGCUUUCGUGGCCUCACAGCCCAUCCUAUUGAUCAUACGGACCAUGGAGGAACCUAAAACUAGACAUGAAGCCUUCUGGAUCCACAGUUACGUCUUCCCUAGCACUGAUUCUGGGAGAAACACACUGAACAGUCAUUGGUCUCUGAAGAGUGUGACUUUUACUUUCUUCUUUUUCUUCUCCAACCCUCUGUUUUUUUCUUCAUUGGAACAUAACCAACCCAGACUCAGCAUCCAGUUGUCAUUUGAGGAAUGUACUGGGUCAAAGCCCUGCAGACUCCUUGAUUUUUCUUCUCCCCUUCUGCUUUCUCUUUCUACCUUUGGUUUUAUUUAUAUAUAUUGUUAUUUUCUCUCCUCAUCCCCCGGCUGUCACUGCUGCAUCUCAGAUGAAUGCAGGUGACAGAGCUCUACACUUGUUACCAUGGACGCCAGGCCAGGUGCCACCACAAAGAAACCAGUUGCUGUGAGCUGCCUGUAUACAUUGCCGAAGUGGCAUUUUACACAAAACGUGCCAUUGCAGUGAUAUAAAUAUAUUUUUUUCCUUGAAUGGAUAAUGGAUUAUUAUCUCCUACAAAAGGUGCGUAUGUGUGUUUGUGUGUGUGUGUGUGUGUAUGUGCAAGUCACCUCAUGUGCAGAACUGCCUGUGAACGCGCUGAAAGCACCUCUGAAGUGCGAGAGUCCCUCUGUCGUAUGAGAGCAGGCUAUAGCUUGUGUCUGCAAUGGCAGCAAGAACACACACAUUCAAAAAAAGUUUUAAAUUUCUGUAUCUGUAGGUGUGUUUUUAGCUGCCACAUUAACCUUAGUGAGUAGCUCUGAAGCCUAAAACAGGGGCACUUUCACAUUAAUUUUGGAGUGGUGGAUUACAGGAUCCAUAAGAGUGAAAAAGAUUUUCAUAACUAUCAUUUAUUCUUCUUUCUUUACGUGCUGUUCAUGAUCAAAACCAACCCAGUUUCCAAUGACAAGGUGAUGGAGGCAACGCUUGCAUAUCCAUCCACUGGUAACCCUGAACUGAAUUUUUAAGUAGCCUUUUUUAUCUACAAAAAUAGGACUUCAAAAACUUGUUGAAUGCGAACAAAUAUAUGCAGUUCUUCCAUUCACAGAAGCAUGUUGCUCUGUGUGCAAGCUGUGAAAAAUUUUAAUCUUGUAACUUAAUAAUGAAAACAGGUCGAUAGCUCCCAGCACAGUUAUGGAACAAAAAUACAAGACUUUUAAGGUUACUGCAGUUAGCAGAAGGGCUGCAAAAGCAUGUCCUGUUCCUCAUCCAUGUAACAGAAAGCUGAGUGAAGUGAUGCAGAAGGCACUCUUCUGGGGUCCCAAAUCACUGGUACUACCUAGAGCAGCUUACUGUGCUCGGAGAAUUCACUGUUAAUUCUGAGCGGAGCUGUACGCUAGAGUCCGGGCAAUGGACCGCGUGGGUAGCGAUGGGCUCUGUGUGCCGCCUGGCUGCCGAGGGCUCCUUGCAGCCUGCCGCGAGACGAGCUGUCCCCCAGAUGCACCUUGGAGAAAGCUAGAUGUGCCGCAGGAGAAGAGUGCGCAGCAUUGACCAGAGCCAUAAAGUGGCGUCGCAAAGUUGCUUCUGUUCCCUCCUCUUUUCCCUCCUCCUCGUCCCCUUUUAGUUCGUUAAACGAGGAAUUACAGGUCAGGAGAGCUGAGGGGGGGCGAACGCAGCCGUGCCGCCGGCUGAGGCCAGGCAGGGCAGGUUGGUACCAGGAGGCAUGAAGGGUGCGCGGCAACGCGGCACGUGCAGCGGAGCAGCGUGGACACGCAGCAGCAGCCUGCGCUUCCCAGUUGCAGAACGUGCUAUCAGCGGGACUCUGGCAUGAAAAUCCCCUGUUAGGAAGCUGGCCUGCUCACCACACCACUGGUUGCUGUUUGUCCAGGUUUCUUGCUGUACUAACUUUGUGAUGGAUCUAUGUAUUAAAAAAUAUAUAUGUAUAAAAUACAAAAGGCUGGUAAGUAACCAGUAAACAGGACUUAAAAAGCAGUAUUUUUCUUUUACGUGACAUUUUCAUAACCAGAAAAAAAAAAAUCUGAAAUACUAAUCAGACAAAUAAAAAGAGAGUGCAUUUAUUUUUUUGUAUCACUGCAAGUAUGUUGGAAUAUGCAAGGACUGUGGUUACAAUUAGAAUGUAUGAGGCAUAUUAUAAUUUAGUUCAUACUGAAAAAAUCUAACAGCAUUUCUUGGUUCGUGCAUUUGAACGAUCUCUGGGUUAGAUAUAUAGAUUUUCUAUUUUGUUUUAAUUUGUAAUUUUUUUCCCCCUCCAUGAACUUUAGGUACACAUAACUUAUGUCAUUUAUUUAUGGUCUUUUAUACCUAGUUUGUAAAAUUGUAAAAUAGCAAACAAUGCAAACAUUUGCAUUUGAAAAUAAUAAAGUAGUUGCUGUACAAACCUGAAA